AAGAUGAUGACGAUGAAAAUCUCUCUCUCUCUCUUCUCUCUCUCGUCCCCAAGAAAUUGCAGAGAGCUGACAAUGGGCACGCGCCAUUUCAACUGCAGAGCACCCAUUUCUCAGCUCCUUCCUUCGCAUCGUCCAAGCUCGAAACCCCCAAGUCUCCACCCUCAGACCGUGAACCCACCACCCUCCGUUUCACGGACCAAGAACCCCUCGAGCAGACGGCUCUUCCUCCUCUCUCUCCCGGCGCGCGCUCUCCUCCUCGCCGCGGCCACCAACGACGCGGCCAACGUCCUCCAUUGCUACGCUCUGGAGGGUUUCGACCCCGUGAGCCCCGAUGAGAGAAGCGCGAGCGCCGCCAAGUCUCUGAGGGUCGCGGAGGCCGUGGGGCUGCUGGAGAAAGGGCGAGAAUUGCAGGCUCAGGGUGAUUUUGGCAAAGCCCUCUUCUACUUCACUCAGGUGAUUGAAGGUUAUAAAGACUUCGCAUUAUCAGAAUAUGCAAGAGUUGGGAGGGCGUUAGCAUUGUAUGAGGUUGGUGAUAGGGAAGAAGCUAUUGCAGAGAUGGAGGAUGUUGCCAUAUCAUUGAAGGGAUAUCCAGAAGUCCAUGCAGCUCUUGCAGCAGCCUUAUAUGUGGACAAGCAUGCCCUCUUGCUUGCUGAAAACCAGUUCACAAUUGCAACCCUACUGGAUCCCCACUACACAGAUCUUUCGUAUGUAAAAGAGACGAAGCACUGGCCCCCGAGUUUAGUCAGUUCAUUACAGCAAUUCAUCACACUUACAUAAACAAAUAGUUAUCACGUUUCCCACGCAGCUGCUCAGCAAGAACUGAUUCGCAUCGUCGUACAAGUGUUUAUAUCUUAUUCUUUGUGGACCUGUCUGUAAUCCAAUUCGCCGAGAGAAAGUUAGGCUGUGUAGUAGACCUUAUGACUGAGAUGGAUCAUUGUACUCGCUCUUCGAUGAGCUUUGCAGCAAAAUGGCGCCUGAUGAUUUUUCAACCCCUGUUAUCCGUGCUAAA